AUGCCUCUGGAUGUUCAAUGAUAGCACUUCUCCAUACUGGAGCAGCAAAGUUUCCCCAAAACUUACUUCCAAGGGCAAGAAAAGCUCUGUGCUCCCUCCUCCCUGCUGGUGUUCUCAAAGACAGCUCCAUCGUAAGCAGGAAACUGGCGUCCCACGGCUUUGGAGCUUCCAUGGCAGCAAUGUCAUCCUUCCCUCCACAGAGAUAUCACUACUUCUUAGUGCUGGAUUUUGAGGCUACAUGCGAUAAACCACAGAUUCAUCCUCAGGAAAUCAUCGAAUUCCCUAUCCUGAAGCUGAAUGGCAGGACGAUGGAGAUCGAAUCCACCUUUCACAUGUAUGUUCAGCCUGUGGUGCAUCCCCAGCUUACGCCCUUCUGUACAGAGCUGACUGGGAUUAUUCAAGGCAUGGUGGAUGGACAGCCAAGCCUCCAGCAAGUGCUUGAGAGGGUUGACGAGUGGAUGGCGAAGGAAGGCCUCUUAGAUCCCAGCGUCAAGUCGAUUUUUGUGACCUGUGGAGACUGGGAUUUGAAAGUGAUGUUACCAGGACAAUGCCAGUACUUAGGGCUGCCAGUCGCUGAUUACUUCAAACAGUGGAUUAAUCUGAAAAAGGUACUUUU